AUGGGUGUCCCCAAAUUCUUCAGAUGGCUCUCAGAGCGCUAUCCAGCCAUCUCCCAGGUCAUAGCCGAGAACCGCAUACCUGAGUUUGAUUGUCUCUACCUCGACAUGAACGGCAUCAUUCACAACUGUACCCACAAAGAUGCUGGAGAAGAUGUCUCAUUUCGACUAAGUGAAGAGGAGAUGUUUAUCCGGAUUUUCAACUAUAUCGAGCAUCUGUUUGGGAAAAUUAAGCCCAAGCAGCUCUUCUUCAUGGCCAUUGACGGUGUUGCACCACGAGCCAAGAUGAACCAGCAGCGAGCCCGCCGGUUCCGUACAGCAUUGGAUGCUGAAAAGGCUCGCGAAAAGGCUAUCAAGGAAGGUGUCGAGUUACCCAAGGAGGAUCCAUUCGACAGCAACUGCAUCACUCCUGGAACGGAGUUUAUGGCGAAGCUGUCACAACAACUGCGAUAUUUCGUUAACAAGAAGGUAUCUGAGGACGCGGACUGGCAAGGAUGCGAAAUCGUUCUUUCCGGCCACGAAGUCCCUGGUGAAGGUGAACACAAAAUCAUGGAAUAUAUCCGGAACGCAAAGGCCCAGCCCAACUACAACCAAAACGUGCGACACUGCUUGUACGGAUUGGAUGCAGACCUCAUCAUGCUGGGCUUGCUGAGCCACGACCCCCAUUUCUGUCUGCUCAGAGAAGAGGUCACCUUCGGAAGGGCAUCCAAGACCAAAUCGAAGGAGCUCGAGCACCAAAACUUUUAUCUGCUGCAUCUGUGCAUCGUAAGAGAAUACUUGGAAAUGGAGUUCCAGGAGCUGCAGAGGGAAGGCACCUUGGACUUUCCCUAUGACCUGGAAAGGAUCAUUGAUGAUUUCAUCCUAAUGGCGUUCUUUGUCGGCAACGAUUUCUUGCCGAAUCUUCCUGGUCUUCACAUCAAUGAAGGCGCGUUGGCGAACAUGUUUAAGAUUUACAAGGCAGUUCUACCCAACUGCGAUGGCUACAUCAACGAGAAUGGCGUCAUCAACAUGUCUCGUUUGGAUAAGUUGUUGUCAGAACUUAGCAAACUCGAGUUGGCGUCGUUUGAAAACGACGUGUCAGAUGAAAAGUGGUUUGCCUCGAAGCAAAUGGAAAAGAAGUUGGAAGCGAAACAUGCAGCGGGCAACAAGAACGCAAAGACGGGCCAGCUAGUCAUUACAUCGGCACAGCGCGACUUAUGGAAGCAAAAAGUCAGGCCGUACGUCUCGAAGCGCUCGGACGAGCCUUUAAAUCUAGGAUACGGUUUGAAAGCGGCAGAUCGAAGGUUUGUGCAAGACAUUGCGGAUGCGAUGCACCUUGACUGGUCUACGCAAGAAGAUGAGGAAGCCAAUCGCCAUCUUAUCUUGGCGUUUCCGGCCAGACCUGGUGGGCAGAAUGACGAUGACGAUGAAGAGGAAGAGGAAGGAAACCUGGCCGCCUACCGCGUAAUUAAACUUUACGACAACGCCAUGGUCGUCGACGCAACCCCAGAAGAUGCCCAACGGCAUUAUGAAAAGCUGUAUCAGGACAAGUAUGCCGGUUGGAAGACCAAGUACUACUUGCAGAAGUUUCCGGAGUGGGCACCGGAGAGGUACGGAAAGGAACAAGCAAAUCUCUGCGAAAAUUAUGUCCAAGGCCUGCAAUGGGUUCUUUUCUACUACUACAAAGGCAUUGCAUCAUGGCCGUGGUUCUACGCCUAUCAUUAUGCGCCUCUCAUCUCUGAUGUCACCAAGGGCUUGGGAGCUAAUCUCAAAUUCACAAAGGGUCAGCCCUUCAAGCCCUACGAACAACUCAUGGGAGUACUGCCUGAUCGAAGUAAGAAAAUUGUGCCCAAGAUUUAUCACGAUCUCAUGACGAACCCCAAUUCACCCAUCAUCGAUUUCUAUCCUCGAGAUUUUACCCUGGAUAUGAAUGGGAAGAAGAUGGAUUGGGAAGCCGUUGUUAAGAUUCCGUUUAUCGAUGAAAAACGGCUCCUGGACGCGAUGGCCACAAAGAACGAUCUCCUGGAACCCGAUGAAAAGGCUCGAAACGGAUUCGGCGUGCCACUCAAGUUUACGUACUCUCCAGAGGUAAACUUUACCUACCCGUCACCUCUUCCCGGAAUCUUCCCAGAAAUACAGAAUUGUCGAUGCAUCGAAAACAUCUUUGAUCUGCCGGAUAUGGAGGGAUUAGAAUACGUCUCCGGGCUGACUGAUGGAGCAUUAAUUAAAGCCGAGGCUCUGGCUGGCUUUCCCACUCUGCAUACUCUUCCUUACACAGCUCAGCUUGUGGAGGGCUAUGGUAUCAAUGUUUUCCAACAGGACAGCAGAAACCCCAGCAUCGUAGUCACUCUGACCGACACCCGGAUGCGAACGAGCAUUGAAACAUACAAGGCGAAGCUCGGGCAACGUUGCUACGUCGGGUAUCCCUUCCUUCAGGAAGCAAAGAUCGUCAAGGUGCAGGACGAGCUGUUUACCUACGAACUCGCGGGAAAUGACAAGGGCAUAAACACCAAGGAUCACUCUAAUCGAGAGGCCGCCGACUAUGCAAAAGAAGCCGAAUUCCUGGAGAGCUGGCAUGCAAAGCGACUGGGUGUCACUAUCGGCCAAGUUGAAUGCCUGGUGCACGUCCAUAUGCUCAAGGGUCUGAUCAAAACCGAAGAAGGCGCGUUACUCAAAGAGUAUGCCGAAAACCCCAGCAUCCGCAGCGUGUAUUCUUCCCAAACGGUUGUGGACGAGGUGGUCAACGAAGACGAGCGAUUUAUUGAAAAGGAAGCCCUGCCGGUUGAGGAGGAAUUCCCCGUCGGCACGCAGGCAUUUUUCCUCGGCGAGUACGCCUACGGACGACCGCUGGAGGUGAUUGGGCACGUCAAGGGCAAGACGGAAGUCAAGCUGUCGGUUCCCAAACAAAGGGAGCCAGAGUUUGCCAGGAGGAUAAUCCACGGAGCGGAGCGCGCCAACGCGUACACGCCAUCCUUUGCUGUUGCCAAACACCUCGGGGUUCACCCUCUGGUGCUGAGCAAGAUCACAUCAUCGUUCCAAAUCAGCACGACAGCGGGGCUGAAGCUGAAUCUCGGUCUUAAUCUGAAAUUCGAGGCUCGGAAACUGAAAGUCCUGGGCUAUUCUCGCAAGUCCCGUACCGGCUGGGAAUUCAGCGCGCUGGCCAUCAAAUUGAUUGCCGACUACAUGGUGGCGUUCCCGGACUUCUUCGCCGCCAUCCAAAGAGAGCCGCAAAAGAGCGAGAUUUCCGAGACGGACCUGUGGAACAAUCCGAGCGUUGCUUCACAGAGAGUCAAGGACAUUUCGGCUUGGCUGAAGAAGCAAGAGACGUCCAAGUUUGAGCGGGUGCCGCUUGAGGCUGAGCAACUCGACUCCGAGGUGGUCGUGGCUCUGGCCAACGCCGGCGAGCAAGCAUUCCAAGGCUCCCAAGAAGUCGACAUCAAGAGGCUGAAGGGAGUCCCCCGCGCGGCAAUUCUCAAGCCCUCGGAUGCCGAUGUCGUCUUGGGUAAUCAGAGAUUUGCACUGGGCGACCGUGUGACGUUUGCAGCCUCUGCCGGCAAAGUGCCCCUUGCGACGACUGGAACGGUGGCUGGGAUCAGUAGAACUGCCACUGCGCUUCUCCUCGACGUCGUGUGGGACGUUUCUUUUAUGAGCGGCACCACCUUGGGCGAGCGAGCUCCCAUGUUCCGGGGCCAGACCGUUCCGUCCAGCUCGGUUCUAAACACGACGAACAAGCAGGUCAUCUCCGCCUCGACCAAGUCGCAGCAGAAGCGGGCCACUUCCACGAUGACGACGGGUUUCUACGGCUCAGUGGGCGUCCCUCAGUACAGGGACGCUCCAGCACCAGCGCCUCUACGGGGUAGCUGGAGAGGCGCCAUCAACCGGGGCGGCCACGGCACUCCUGGGCGAAACCCGCCGGGCAGGGGAGGGGGACGAGGCAGCCCUGAACUGCCGCCGCAGCGUGGCCGUGGUGGCAACGGCCACGUUGGCAACGGCAACGGCAACGGCAAUGGAAAGGGAACGGGAGACGGCCCAAAUCUGAUCCACAGCUUAUUGGUGUACCGCGAGAGUCCAAAGGACACGUCACAGCCCGGGAAUCCAGGCCAUGGCCGCGGGGGUGGUCGCGGCAGAGGCCGUGGCAGCUUGGCGGGAAGUCCAGACGGCCAUGCCGAAGCGGAACCGCGGGGCAAGUACAGCAACGUGCCACCCCCUGCAGGCCUUGAUUCCCCUCGCGGUUGGCGAGGUGGCCGUGGCCGCGGCCGCAGAGGUGGCGGAGGUCGGUAUCGCGGCGGAAUGAACAGGGGACGCGGAGGCAGUGGCGACGGCCGUGGCGAAAACGCCCCUGAAGUCCAGGGCUAA